UACCUGGCCAAGGUUGGCAUCCACCGAUGAGGGCAGAAAACCCCUCGCCCCAGGGCAACGCUCACACCUACAAGAUGCACUGCUGGGACAACGACAUCAACCAACACUUCCAGGACGCCAUCGACGUCAUUCAGCAGCAUUCCGCUCAUCCCUACUACGACUCAGAGUAUGCAUACUACGACACUCUGGGCGCUCAGCAGUGUCAGAUCUCCUACUGCCUGGUUGGCCCCCACACCGACAUGCCGGCCCACAGAUACGACUGGCACAAUUCCAGCGCACAGCAGACAUGGUCCCAGGUGUUGCCCGACGUGCCCUCGAUCCAAACCGAACCCACUCACUUCUACAAAUCCCAACGCCUCGCGCCGUCACAAAGGAACAGUAGAGGUCGCAAGAAGCUGCGCCUGUACGAGUACCUCCACGAGGCCCUCCACGAUCCUGAUAUGGGCGACUCCAUCCAGUGGAGCGACAGCGAAAGUGGCACCUUCCACUUCGUGUCCAAGAACAAGGAGCGUUUGGCCGAGUGCUGGGGGCAGCGCAAGGGCAACCGCAAGACCAUGACGUACCAGAAGAUGGCGCGGGCGCUGCGCAACUACAGCCGAACGGGCGAGAUCGUCAAGGUGCGGCGCAAACUCACCUACCAGUUCAACCCCGACGUCUUGCACAGGUUGGGCUCGGGGCGGGUGCCAAACGGGACUCCGCCCAGCCCGGCCGCUGCUCCAAGCUACUCCGGCCCGGCGGCGCUCGACUGGCAGAGCUGGCACGAACAGUGCCCGGCGCAGGACUACGAGCAUGCUGCCCAUUUCACCGCACUUUGUUGAAAUACUUGACAAACUUCAUGGCAUCCCCACCGUCUGCAAAAGACAUCCGCCAAAUCCAGCAGUAUCGUCAGUCUAAACCGUUUCGUGACCAUGUCCGUCAAAUCAGCAGAUUUCAGCUUUAUGAGUCAAAAUUUUUUGUCAACAUAUUAACACAUUACAAUAUAAGAAACAGAUAAGGGCACUCCAACAAACAUUCCCCACCAAAGUCUAAUCAGUGAUCGGCGUUUUUUAUUUCACGACAUAUCAUCAUCGGAAUGGGGCCCUGCUAUAAAGGACGCGGACGAGAGAGUUGUCUUUUUACCACGUUUCGAGUUCAAAGUUAGCAACUUGUCCAUGCUGCCUGCAAGUGUUUUCAUUUUGUAAUUUGUCCCAUUCAAUAAAUGGCUGAAAGGACAA